GGAGCUAAUUAUCAAGGGGGGGGGGGCGCAUGCAGCGCUUCCAAAUCCAAAGCAGGGACAGGAAGCGCGCGACGGCGAUGGAGAGCGACCGCGACGGCGCGAUCAAGCGGAGAAAAGGAGGGCGACGAGCGCCAGGAGGCCGACGGCGCGGGGCGCGGCGGCGUCGACGACGGUCGACGACGUGGUGUGCGGGCAGUUCGCGGGCAGCCACUGGGGCGUCAGGCCGCUCCACGAAUACGCUGCGCAGUCGGUCUGGGAUAUGAACGAGACGCAGUCGUAGCUGGUGGUGUCUUCUCCGGUCGCCUGGAUGGAGUGGCGGAGCAAAAAGUCGGACGGGCAGCAGCCCGCGGCCCCCGCCAGGUCCGUCGCGCCGCUACAACCGGCGAACGCGUUGCCGUACACGAAGGCGCAGCAGGUGCCGUCCGCGGCCGCGUCCGCGACGCCGUCCUGGUCGUUGUCGCGGAAGCCUUUGGGGGUCGGCGGCGGCGUCAGCUGAGGGGCCGGCGUCGGAGCCGGCGUCGGCAGAAAGUGCGGACACUGAAAGGACAUCCAGAUGGGCGUCUCGGUGCCCCAGGGGGCGCUCCACGAGUACGCGGUGCAGUCGGUCUGGGACAUGAACGAGAUGCAGUCCCACUUGGUGGUGUCUUCGUUGCCGUCGGACCCGAUGGAGUAGCGGUGGAGGAAGCCGGCCGGGCAGCAGCCCGCGGUCCCCGCCAGGUCCGUCGCGCUGCUACACUCACUGAGCGCGUUGCCGUACUUGAGAGCGCAGCAGGUAUCGGCCGCGGCGGCGUCCGCCACGCCGUCGCCGUCGAGGUCCGCGGCCCGGGCUGCCCCGAGGCACAGCAGAAGGGCAAUGGACUUCAUCUUGGCUAUGUGCAGCAAAAAUAGUGGUCUGGGCAGCGCCGCGCGCGCCCGG